UUCAUGGGCAACAAUACAGACCGCUAAUAAACUUUGUUUGAAAUGGUGUUGUCGUACAUUCAGCUUGGUGUCCUUGCUCUUGUUCUUUGUCUGAACACGUCGGUGGAUGCUGGGAUAUGUGGCAAACUCCACUUAAAAGGCCUGUGCAGGCUUCUAACACACAGCAGGAACUGUGGCAAAGGAAACAUGAGAGGGCCAUGCAUGAUUCCCCCACAGUAUGACCUCACGGAUCAAGGCGAGGCAACAAACCAGUCAGACGAGGCACCGAGUCAAUCAGGCGAGGCAUCCCAUGAAUCAAACCAAGAGCCAACUGACCAAGACGAGGAUCCAACUGACAUGAACGAUUAUCCUAUAGAAACAGAUGAUAAUUUCUGUGAUAUAAAAUGCAGGGAGGGCGGCGUUGAUUUACUGACCUCAUUGUGUGUUUGUGUCACCACGUCGACAAAAAUAGCGACAACAAGAACAACCAUUCCACCUACAACCACUGAAAGGCCUACGACUCCAGUCACAACAGAAACACCCACAACCAAGGAAGUACCAACUACAACAACUGAAGGUCCAACUACUUUCACAACACCUCAGCCAGAGACGUGCUACUACACGAGGAACAGACCAGCCCAGCUUGGGGCAAUAGUCAAGAGAAUGUACUCUGGUUCUGAUGUUCUCACAGAAUGCGAGUAUCCGGGUGUUGUCGGACUUUUUAAUGCAAGUAAAGUCUUCCAGUGUAUGGGCACGCUGUUGGAGGAGGACGUUAUUUUGAUUGACAGUUUGUGUUUCAGUAUAGCAAACAAUCCCAAUACCGGAGCACUGUACGCUUUGGUUGGAUCUUACCAACAGGCAGACGUGACAACUAACUUACCUUACCUGAUCGUAUCGUCUGCUAAAUACCUGGACACGACUGGGACCUUUACAAAACUGUACACAAUAUCUUUGAGUUCUCCUGUCACUUUUGAUGACCGCUGUGUCCAGCCGGCCUGUGUCCCCAACACCCAUCUCUACGUGGCUGAUAUUGACGAAACAGAUUGCAGGAUUGUGGGGUAUGGUAAUACAGCUGACACUUUACCAUCCACAAGUCCAACACUGCAGGAAGUUAAAGUCACACUUAAUUUAAACACCAUUAACGGACCUAUCAGGUACACAAGGCAGGAUGGACUCGGUGCCAACACUGGGCCUUGUUUUGGCGACCAAGGAGCUCCUCUGAUAUGCCGCCAUAAGGCGACAGACGAAUGGAUCACUAUUGGUAUAACCAUUUCAAUAGGAUACCCGUGUUCGACUGGAAAAAGCGUGGUACCUUAUGCAGCUAGUUUGGUGAAUACAAUACUCAGAACUGCUCUACUGAAUUAUAAGUACGUACCUGCUUAAGCGAAGGCCGGAGGGCGUUGAAAAAAUUAUCAACACGGAUUUAAAGAGCUAUUUGUUAACAAGAAUAGCAAAAAUGUGUCUUUUUGAAAAAAA